UGCAGCAUGAAGAGCCGGUAGUGGGCUAAAAUUUACAUUUUCCAAUUAGGAUCUGGAAAACAGCCGGAGAUAGUUUGUUGAUUACAGGGUAACAGAGCCAUAAGCAGAGAGAAAGAGAAAUGGAAAAAGAAGAGAAAGAUAAAGAGAAGGAGAAACUAUGCAUGCGGUGUAAGCAGAUGUACACUUCGUCGUCUAACACCUCCUUUUCUUGUCGCUUCCAUCCUUCCUUCUUUGUCUGUCGCCGUCACGAUGAUCAGAAAAGGUACUAUGAAUUGGGACCUGAUGAUCCACCAUACGCUGCCAAAUUUUAUGACUGCUGCGGGGCCGAGCAACCUGAGGCGCCUGGUUGCACCACCAGUUUUCAUGUUUCAUAUGAUGAUUGAUGUAAUGUUUCUCCUUAUCACUAGAUUCUGACUGGAUUAAUGAAAUUUGUAUAUAUUUGGGUACUUCCUCUCCAUCUAAUUAUGACCUCUUAACAUACAUUUUUCAA